AUGCCUGGAGCAAAUGGCACCGCAAUGUUGUAUGAGCCGUUAGCCACUGCGCUCUCAUCACACUAUACUGUCGCUCUGUAUGACCGCCGAGGAUUCGGAAACAGCCUCUUCGUCACGCCGGGUGAACCGAAUCCGACGACCCACCUGAGAGCACAAGCCGACGAUGUGGCCAAGUUAAUCCAAUAUUUAUCCCCAGGGAAGCCUGCGACAGUCUUCGCGGCUUCCGCCAGUGGGGUGAUGGCCCUUGAGCUCCUUCAGUCUCGUCCCGACCUUGUACAGCAUCUAAUACUACACGAGCCACUGCUUGUUGACCAUCUUCCCACUUCAUUCAAAACGUAUAUCAAAACAGGAUUGUUUAAUGGGAUUUUAAAGUAUGGGGCGCGCGGACAGACAAUUCGGCGCGUGUUGCUGGCUCAUGUACAAGGCAAGCGUGACCAGCGGAGGCUGGGCCAGGAUCCACAUUAUGUACGAUCGAUGUCUCGGCCAGAAAACGAUACGGCGUUUUUCUUCGGGUUUGAGUUACAACUAGUCCUGGACUAUCACUUUGACCCCGAAAAUCUUCGGCCGUAUCGGGACAAAUUAGUUUGUAUGAAAGGGUUAGAUAUAUCGCCGGAGCUCGCAAGUUUCCCGGUGAUUACUUUAUCUGACACCCUUGGGGCUUCGCUGGAGUUUACCCCUGGGGGGCACAAUGGGUUCAUUACUGAUGCGGAGGAGUUUGCGAAGAAGUUGAUCUCAACCCUCGACCAGGAAAAGGCGAAGCUAUGA